ACUGUGCAUUGUGCAUGUGUUUUUUUUAUUUUUGAUUUACUAGAACUCGUUCGCUAUUUUCUUGUAAUGAACGAGGAUCAUAUUCCUGAGUACUGUCAUUACUUCAAAACUUUGCUGGUAGAGGAACUGGUGUUGGAGUCGGACUACCGAAACCUGCAUUACGGCCAGUGCUCAAUAGUUGGACGACUGCGUGUGGCGGAACAUUUUCGGCUGGAAAACGUACGUGUGCGAAAUCUGCCAGAGGACUGCUCCCUGCCGGAGGGCGCGUUAUCCCUGCUUCUGCUGGGCCUUACCUACGACAAGGCCACCGAACAGCGAGUGAGCAACGGCUGCUACUGCAUUUUGCGCGGUGAAGUGGUGCUGUGCAACGUCUUGCGGCCCAAUAGUCCCACACUGACCACACGGGGAAUUCACGAGCAGUUGGCCAGCCUGGGCCAUGAUUCACUUGCUCGCCAAAGGCAUCUGAGCGACCUGAAUCUCACCCAUAAGCCGGCAAUUGAUGUUUGGUUCGCUCAAAAGAUCGACAGUACGGAUGAAUUGCUGAGUCACAGGCUGCAGAUAAGAAGACUAAUUAAUGGUGAUAAAUGAGAGAUGAACACCCAC